AUGAAAUCUUAUAUAGUGGGUCUCUUGUUUAUUUACUGUUUUGCUGUGUGGGCGAAUGGAGAAUGCCCGCAGGGAUCGACACAACUUGGCACCGAACCCGUAUGCAUUUAUGCAUUUGGAAAAAUGGCCAGCUAUUUGGACGCUCUGUGGACGUGCAACAGUCUAAAUGGGACAACGGUUUUGAUCAAAAGUGCUUUCGACAACACGGCCAUCAUCGCGCUCGCCAAUCAGUAUUUCAACGACAAUCCAUACAUUGGCGUGCAAAAGUCCAGCGAUGGCACUUGGUUCUACGCCGAUCGCACAAAUCUCACCUAUCAGCAUUGGGCGCCAGGUGAGCCGCGGAACACGUCGGGGAACUAUCAGUGCGCUGUGCUCGAUCCGGGAAGCGGCGGGUGGAGGGCGGUGGAUUGUGUGACGCCGAGGCCGUACUUCUGCUCGUCUCCCCUCCCCAUCCCACCCACCACCCCACCACCAACCACACAACCGCGACCCCGAUGCGACAGUGAAUGGGAAUAUUUCCAGAGUUAUUGCUACUAUCUGCACGAUUACAACGGCUACGUGUACAGUUUCAACAGUGCUGAAUCGCAUUGUGCCGAUAUGAACGCUCAUUUAGCGUCGAUUCACUCGACCGAUGAGGACGAUUUUGUUUACAAUCUUGUUCCAUGGAUGAGCCAUUCGUCGUGUGAGACCGUCUACGCGUGGGUUGGGCUGUACGGUAGCGGGAAGAGGGGUGACGGUGAAUGGACAGAUGGAACCCCAGUCGACUACAGCAUCGGCUCGAGCACUAUUUGGGGAGAUUGGGGGAUUCCGAAGCAAAAAGAUGGAUCGAAUUAUUGCUCGUCGCUGAGGUACGACUACUACAGCACAUGGCUCUCACAUAAUUUCGGGCGUUUCGUCUGCAAGAAGAGAUCAAUUUAU